GUCUACAUAUACAGUGUUGAAAGUUUAACCGUCAAAAAUUUAGUUUUUUUUAUCAAAAAUGUCUCUAGUUCUUCUACAUUUCGGACUGCUGUGUUUCUGUUGGACACCGUACUACCCUGCGUCCAAAUUCACUACCUAACUUGUGCAAUGCCUCGUAUUUACAGCCGGUACAAGUGUGAUUCACACCGUUCGUACCUACAACCAGUUCGAAAAUGGAUAAUAAGUUGAUUUGUGGUAAAGCAUUUCCUAUAAAUAAUCAGACAUCGAUGUGUGAUACAGAAAAAUAUUUAUUGCUUCACCUGUGUGGAGGAAGCUUGUGCAGAUGAGUGUAGUACCGGCGUUUGACGGUAUGGAGUACUUUCCUCUGUUCUUAAUAGUGUUUGCGGCUUGUAUGUGUUGUGUUGGAAGUGUUAUAAUCAACGCGUUUCAGAACCAGUGUUAUCCAGUUGAUUUGCCUUGUAUUCCAAGGCCUGUAGUGUAUUUUUUGGGAAAUUUGGUGAAUUUUGAUGGGAGCAUUUCGGAAGUACCCGAAUCUAAAGCAAGAAUUGUUCUGCACAGAUGUAGUUCAGUGCUGAGUUGCUGUCCGACAAACGCACUGGACGAAGAAAUGGCUUGCCAACCGAAAGAAUCACAAGAUGUCUGCGUGAAUUUCGACAUAUCGUUUUUCGGACAUAGCGAAGACGAGGUGCAUCACAUCCUAGUGAAAAAUCACACAGAGUGCGGCUGUAAAGAACUCAAAAUCGACAAUGAUUUGUUUAGUUUUCCCAAAGUAAACCCUAUGAAAGGGCAGUGCCCGGACAUUCACAGUGAUGGAAGGUGACAAAAAUGUGUAAUAGUUUAGUUAUUUAUAUUGAAAUAUCGACUGUGAACGUGAUUUUGUAAUUCUUUAAACAGUAUUAUCGCUCAAUAACCGGGAGAAACAUUUUAAAACGCACUCGGAGUAGUAAAAACAGACAUUGACUCAGAGAACUAAAGAAACUUGGAGAUAUUUAAAAUAUUAUGUCAGACCAGAUAACCCUAACCAAAUGUGAACAUAAAAAAGCUAUGCAGUUUAUCAACGUAUAUACAGGGUGUCCCACUUAAGAUGGAUACAAGCCAAAAUCUUGGUUGUUUGUUGAGCGAUCUUUUUCAUUUUU